UGGUAGAAGAACGGAGGCGGGCCCAUUUCAUGUUAGCCAAUGGGGUGAUUCGUUGAUGCUACGUCUCCUAGUAGCUACUUUCAUCCGGAUGAGGGAUCUAAAGUUCACAGCUAUAUCAGAUUACCACUCUUCCACCAGCCACGAUGUACAGCUAUCAUGGUACCAUACGAGUGUUGGUGCAGGUUCUUUGGGCCCACCUGCUCUGUGGUUGGACGUUUGGCUCCGAGCUUACGUUUGAGCUUCCAGAUAACGCAAAACAGUGUUUCUAUGAAGAUAUUACCAUUGGCACCAAGUGUACACUUGAGUUCCAGGUUGUCACUGGCGGGCAUUACGAUGUUGACUGUCGUCUAGAGGAUGCAGAUGGUACUGUUCUUUACAAAGAAAUGAAGAAGCAGUAUGACAGCUUUACAUUCACGGCUGCCAAGAACGGAACAUAUAAGUUCUGCUUCAGCAAUGAGUUUUCCACCUUCACGCAUAAGACCGUCUACUUCGAUUUCCAAGUUGGAGAGGAUCCCCCACUUUUCCCCAAUGAGAACAGGGUCACUGCUUUAACCCAGAUGGAGUCUGCCUGCGUGUCCAUUCAUGAGGCCCUGAAAUCGGUCAUUGACUAUCAGACACAUUUCCGUCUGCGGGAGGCUCAGGGACGCAGCCGUGCCGAGGACCUUAACACAAGAGUGGCUUUCUGGUCCAUUGGGGAGGCCUUCAUUUUGCUGGUAGUCAGCAUCAGCCAGGUGGUCUUGCUGAGAAGCUUCUUUUCUGACAGGAAGACCACCACCACGCGUGUUGGAUCCUAACAUCCCACAGCAUCUCAUCCCGGUCACCUCCACAAGGGACUUCAGAUCCAACGCCACCAACAACAGUUCAUGGCAGAAUGUUUUUUAUAGAUGCCAUUCAUAGAAUUAGAUAAGGUACGUUCAGGCUUUGAAGUUACUUUUAAAAACCCACUGGAUUAUCUAAAUAAAAUCUAGCAAAUAAUGUUGGAAAUGCAACAACGUAUUUAUCAUGUGGGGGCAUAUUGUCAUUGUUGUUUACAACACUGUUUACCAGAAUAAUGUGAACAAACUGGUAGCCCGUCUUGCAGUUCUAAUUUGACACCUACUUGAUACAUUAAAUCAUAGUUGCAGAAUUUAAUUUGUGCACAGUUCUCGCUUCCUUAGUAAUGACAAUUCAAACUUGGUUGUUAGAUUCAAGUUGUGAUAUCAAACAAAUCAAAAGUACUCUGUGUUGUAAACAAUUGGUUUGUUUUUAAUGUGAGAUUCCACUCAACAGGCUUGUGGCAAGCAGAGGUUGUUUUGGGUGGAUGGACCUUGACUAGGAGUUUAACUAUCUCUUUAUUGUAACUGGUGUUUUGUUUUGGUUUAUAUGGUUAAAACAUAAAUAUGAAGCUGGUGUAAGCACAAAAUUAUUUAAUUUAUUUCAUAUUAGGCAUGUGUGUGGUCAUAUGUUUGCGUACUGUUCAUGAUUGUUUCUGCACAGUCAUCAGCUUGUUGGUAGUACAAGGAAUUGUUUCCUUAUUUGCAUAGCUUAAUAAACAUUCUGGUAAACCCAUUGUCAGACCUUCAAUAUUCAAUCAAUGAAUAAACUGAGCCACAUAAAUAGAUAGCAUUUACAGGCAACUGCCAAUAUAAAGGAGACAACAAAGUGUCUUAAUAGAGCAUUGGGCCACCACAAGCUAGAACAGCUUCAAUGCACCAUGGCAGAUUCUACAAGUGUCUGGAACCUUAUUGGAGGGAUGCGACAACAUUCUUCCAUGAGAAAUUCCAUAAUUUAGUGUUUUGUUGGUGGUGGAAAUGCUUCCUCAGAUGCCGCUCCAGAAUCUCCCACAAGUGUUCAAUUGGGUGACAGACGGCCAUGGCAUAUGUUUUUCAUGCUCAUCAAACCAUUCAGUGCCCUGUGGAUGGGUACAUUGUCAUCCUAUGGGGCAAAAUAAUGGUCUGCCCAGCAUUUUUUAAGAUGACCCUAAGCAUGAUGGGAUGUUAAUUGCUUAAUUAACUCAAGAACCACACCUGUGUGGAAGUGCCUGCUUUCAAUAUACUUUGUAUCCCUCAUUUACUUGUUUCCAUUAAUUUUGACAAUUACCUCUAUAUUGUGAUGCAGAAUAUUAUAUAUCAGUAUCAUCAGGAAUAGCUGAUACUUUAAAAUCCACUCACUGCUCAGGUUGCUAAUGAUCAACAAGUAUUUAAUUUUGUUCUUUACAAAGGACACAGCUUGUGGGCCAUGUACACUUGUGAACAUCAUGAAAGGUGUGGUUGUAUACAACACUGAGAAAUGUGUAAUGAAACAUUUUAUGAUUACAUUGUCAUGUGAUGAUUUCAAGAACUGCAGAAAGUAUUAAACUUUUUCUCAAAUUAA